CGUCACUUUCUCAAUUCUCUCCCCAUUCGACUUUGCAAAAGCCUUUCAUCACCCCUGCCACUCUCGUGUGUGCAAUUCCUGCCUCUCUGCUGGAUUCGCUACAAUGGCCGGUAGUGAAGCGAUGCGGUCGUUGAGAUGGCUCACCCGCAGCGCUGCGAGCGCUUUUAACAAGCCUGAGACGGUAAUGCGACAAGCUGCAGCGCGCUCAUCACGGCACCUGGCCACUUCUACAGAACCCUCCACAGAGACCGUAUCCCCAGCUGCCGAUGCAGACAUUUCAACUCUUCCAACAGCAACCACUGCGUGGUCCCCCCCCUCUCCAGUCCUCGUCACUCUCUAUGCAUUCCCAUCCAUGAAACCUCUCCGCUUCGAAAAGUACCCAGCGGAACAUCUCCAAGUCCCUCUCCGACGAGAUCUCCUCCACCGUGCCGUUAUCUACGAAGGUGACAACACUCGCCAGGGCACAGCGAGCACAAAAUGGCGCGACGACGUACACGGCAGUGGACGCAAACUGGCCCCUCAAAAGGGUACAGGUAAUGCACGAGUGGGCGAUAGGAAGUCCCCUAUUCGGAGGGGUGGUGGUGUGGCUUUUGGACCUCAUCCACGCGACUUCUCGACCGACCUGCCUCGAAAAAUCUACGACAAAGCUUGGAGGACUGCGUUGAGCUACAGGUACAAUUGCGGGCAUAUCAUGGUGGUCGAUAGAAUCCAGAUGCCAAGAGAUGCCUCGCCGUGGUUUUGGAAGACGUUCUUUGAGGCGAAUCCGUGGGGGAAGGGGAAGGGGAGAUGCACGCUCAUCACGGAUGAAAUGGACAAGGAGCUGUUCCGUGCAGUCAAUGAAGUUGAAGAGCACGCGAGGAUCUUAGAUCGGCCGGACGUGGAUGUGAAGGAUCUCUUGAAAACGGGGAAGCUGAUUAUCGAGAAGAAAGCGUUGGAUAAGAUUCUGCGAGAGCACUCCAAGGACCUUGUCAAGGCGGCACCCAGGGCGAACUAUCCCCGGAGGUUGUAUUUUAGUGAAUAGUUGGACCUGUAUCAUAUGUACCGUAGUUCUUUUUAUCCGGCUGAUUAUUAUUACUAUUUAUUGUGACACUUGGCAUAAGCAGCCAAUUCACCAUCGAACAGACAAAUCUACACACAAUAUCUGUGUGCAUGUAGUCUACUUA